ACAGAAAACUGAAGAAGAUCAGGUGACUGCUCCACCUAUCAUGUGACUAGUUUGUGCAAUCAUGGCAGAUAUUUAUUUACUCCGCUAUUUUACAUUCUAUUUAACAAUUAACUGCGUUUUGUUCAGUCAUUUUUCACUGGUUGGAGCCGAAAUACGAACGGCGGUUCUUGAUAAAAACACGGGGCAGCUUUCAGUCAUCGUUGGGUAUCGAGAAGAUUUUGUGGCCUGGGCCAACUUCACCGACAACAUUCAGACAACAGGCUGGUCUGCCUUGGACGUCACAACCAGCAAUCAAUACAAUGAUAGCAUCCAAGCUUAUGCUGCUGGAGCUGUGGAAGCUGCAGUCACAUCUGAGCUUAUCUACAAGCACUGGAUGAACACACUCAUGGGUUACUGUGGGCCCUUCUCAAGAGAUGCUGGCUACUGUGACCGCCUCAAGACUUUUAUCACUAUCAACCUUCAGUGGGUUCAGGAGCAAAUUGAGCAACAGCCAAAUUCACCCUAUUGGUACCAGGUUCGCCUUGCUCUGCUACAGCUGAAAGGUCUGGAGGACAGUUACAAUGACCAACUGUCAUUUCCGUCUGGCCCGGUAUCCAUCAACCCCUUUGGUUUCCUACUGUUCCAAAUGGGUGGAGAUAUGGAGGACUUGGAAUCUGCUUUAAACAAAUCCAGCUUGACGCGACCACUAGGAUCUGGCUCCUGCUCUGCUCUCAUUAAGCUGUUGCCAAACAAUAAGGAUCUUUUGGUUUCACAUGACACCUGGAACACCUACCAGUCCAUGCUGCGCAUCAUAAAGAAAUACAGCUUUGCCUUCAGUGUUUCGCCCUUAGAUAAUCUUGUUCUUCCUGGAACGAUACAGGCAUUCUCAUCCUACCCUGGAUCAAUUUUCUCUGGAGAUGACUUUUACAUCCUCAGCAGUGGCUUGGUUACUCUGGAAACCACCAUUGGCAACAGCAACCCUGCACUGUGGAAGUUUGUCCAACCCAAAGGUACCGUGAUGGAGUGGCUCAGGAACAUUGUGGCCAAUCGUCUUGCACUGACCGCUAAAGCCUGGGCGGAGCUAUUCAGCAAGUACAACAGCGGCACGUACAACAACCAGUGGAUGAUUGUGGACUAUAAUAACUUUGCUCCAGGAAAGACUGACCUCACGAAGGACCUCUUUGUUGUGUUGGAACAAAUUCCGGGACAGAUUAUUUUUACCGAUAAGACGGAAGAAUUAUUGCAAAAAGGAUACUGGGCAAGUUACAACAUACCGUACUAUGAAGACAUAUUCAAUGCGAGUGGCUGCAAUGACCUGGUGGAAAAGUUUGGCUCCUGGUUCUCCCUUGACCAGAAUCCUCGGGCUCAAAUAUUUAGGAGAGACCAGACAAAAGUUACAGAUGUUGCCUCGAUGAUGCGCCUCAUGAGGUACAAUAACUUUAAAGAAGACCCAUUGUCUCAAUGCCAAGGCUGUGAUCCACUUGAGAAUGGAGAAAAUGCCAUCUCUGCCCGCUCAGACCUGAACCCUGCCAACGGUACAUACCCCUUUGGAGCUUUAAGACAAAGAUCCCACGGAGGAACAGACAUGAAGAUGACCUCCUACGGAAUGUUUUGUCGCUAUGAAAUGCUGGCCGCGAGUGGGCCAACAUGGGACCAGGUGCCACCCUUCCAAUGGAGCACAUCUCCAUACAAGGAUCUGUUGCACAUGGGCCACCCUGAUAUUUGGGCUUUCAAGCCUAUUAAAGUCACCUGGAAUCCUUAAUUGCAAUAAUGCAUAAUGCAAAAGUGCUGGAAAGGAAGUUUAAUUAACACUUUGACAAAGGGAAAUAACACUUUUAUGGGUAAUGUGGUAUGAGGAUAGUAUUUCUUUAGUUUUGCACAUUUUUUUUAAAUUAAGGAAAGAAUUUUUAAUAUAAGGGAUUUUUUUAAAUAAAAUUUAAUGUACAGCCUCAUUUUUCUACUCUGAGUUAUAUUCAUCAUGUUUAUGUAUUAAGAAAUUUGCCACCGCCAAGUUAAAUCAUUGUCAUUGUAAAAACAAAAAGCAUCUUAGAUUCUAAAAACGUUUCUCAAUAAACUGUCAUCAUGAUUGA